AUACAGGAGAAUUUCGAUUCAGGAAAUUUGGUACGACACUUCCGGAACAAACAUAAAACGGCAGCGGAAAUUAAAGGGCUCUUUCCCGAUGGAAAUCAAGAAAAAAGGUCACGAGUAAUCACUAAGCGCCUUGUUUCCGUCGACAAGCGAACGUAUGUCGAAGGAACCAUAAAGCUUGUCACGCAACACAACCUGCCUUUGAACUGCUUUCAAUGGGAGGGUCUGAAAAUGUUGCUUGAUCCUAUAGCAGAUGCUGUGAACAUAAAAGUAUCCAGAUCAAACAUCAAGGUUUGGAUUUCUGCAGCAGCUAACAAACUAAAAUCAAUAAUGGCAGUCGAAAUGAAACACAAGCUGGUAUCUAUCAAAUUGGAUUCUGCAUCACGGCAUGGUCGUCACGUUCUCGGAAUCAACGCACAGUACGAACUCAACGGAAAAUUGGUGAUUCGAACCUUGGGAAUGAUUGAAGUAGACCAGAGACAAACUGCUGUGUUUUUGCGUGAUAAAGUAUUGGAAACAUUGCGUGUCUAUGAUUUGAAGUUGGAUCAAAUCUUUAGCAUUACGGUGGACAACGGCAGCAACAUGGUUGCUGCCGUAAAAAAAAUUAAAUCUUUGCUGAAUGAGUCCAUUGCAGUAUCGACUUUAUUGUUCGAAGAUGAUGAGAACAUACCACAGGAAAGAGACCUCAUUGAAGAGCUUGAGCUAGAGUGGGAUGCACGGAUAUCCCUUGUUCGGUGCGCGGUUCAUUCCCUCCAACUUGCGAUUGCGGAUGUUUUUGAUAAAGCUGAUCCGAAUCUUAAAUGCAUCACGGAAGUAGUACGUCAUCUACGUCAAAUUAAAUAUAAAUCAUUCGUCGAGGUUCAACAACUUGCCCUCCCUCCGCUCUGGUCACCAACACGUUGGGGCGGUAAAUACAAAAUGUUGUCUAGCAUUUUAAAGCAAGAAGCGAAAUUUGUUGAACUGGGAACUCAGUAUUCUGAAAUGUGUAAAUUAAGACAAUUUAAUCGUUCCAAUAAAUAA